AGAUGAGGUAGCUAUACUUUCAUGUAUACAAUAAAUUGUGAGGUUAACACAGGAAAUGCGACUCGUAAAACCUGAUUCAAAUAUAAAAAGAUAGGAAAUCAAUAGCGAUAUUCAAUAAGAGAUUUCUAACUGCAACAUGGAACGGCGUAUUUGAAAAAAGAUGAACUAUAUCAUCCAUUGCAUGCUGUUAAUGACAAUUGUAACAACAGGAUUUGCUUGUCAGAAACCAAAAUGCUUCAUUCGGAAAAAGCAACUACCUCCAAUGAAUAUAUUAAAUAGAAAAGGCAAAAGUUUAUCUACGACAGCAAUACUGUAUCAUAUCAAAGUUCCAGACAAUCUUCUUGAAGGUUGUUAUGUUAACACAACAGAAUACUUCAAUGAGUUCAACUUAAGCGAAGACACGGAAAAUAUAGUCGUUUUCAUCUUUCGAUGUGGUCAAGUUCAUCCGAUAUUUCUGACAGAAUAUGAGGGCAAAAAAUAUUCAAAUAUUCUUGCUUAUAUACAGGUUACAAGGUGUACUAUAGGGCAAUAUGACAUUCAACAAUUUACCAGUGCUACAACUUUGUUGGUCAUUACCAUGCAUCAAAAUAAGUAUGAUCCUAGGAAGGAAGCAUGUUUAUCUUAUUCUAGAAAUAUGUCAAGCUGUGCGGGUCUGGAACGUGUAAAAGCUAUAGCAUUAACUACGCCACCUAAUUCCACAACAUCUAAUAUGAUUGAAAUAUUCAACUGCACUAAUGUUUUUCCAAGAAUUUCAGAAUUAUCAUUAUCAUCUCAAGGUUUAACAGUAUUUCCAAACGAAUUCAAAAGAAAAUUUCCGAAUAUCCAAACAUUAGAAUUGGAAAAGAACAAAUUAUCAAUUCCUCCAGAAUUUCCAUGGAAUGAUGAACCAGAAAUCAUAGGUUACAAUUUAUCGCGAUCAGUUUACCAAGAUAAUCAUUACACAGUACCUUAUCAUUUACAAGUUCCUAGUAAUGUUUUCAGACGCUAUUUAAACCUUAACUUUAAUGAAAUCAUCGACUUACGAACCUUCGAAUUUUCAGGAAGAUUAGAUAUGAUAUCAAUUAAACAUAACAACCUAAGAUAUAUAAACGAAUUUACAUUUACAAAACUCAUUGGUUUACAAAGUUUAGAUUUAAGUGAAAAUUUAUUAGAAAAAAUUCCGGCUAGUUCUUUCUACGGAUUAAACGAUUUAAGGAAUUUGAAUUUGAGGAACUGUUCAUUAUCAAAUCUGGACAAGGACACAUUCCGUGAUCAGAGGAACCUCAUUAAUUUGGAUUUGUCUUCGAAUGCUCUUACAUCACUUCCUCACGAUUUAUUUUCAAGACUUGAAAAGCUGAAGAGUUUACAUCUUGAAUUCAACAAGCUGACGUCUGUUCCAACAGAAUCAUUUCCUGUUCUAAGUUUACAUCUUGAAGAGAUUGGUUUACAGUAUAAUCCAAUUUCUGAAUUUCCUGUAGUCGUUUUUUAUUUACGGCAACUGAGGAGAGUAAAUUUAGGGUACACCUAUAUUAACUUUGAUAAUGUCAGAGCUCUUCUUGAGAAUGUCGAUUAUACAUUUUUAUUAGAAAGUACUGUUGAAUCAACAGCAACAAACAAUGUCGACAUUAAUCACAGACUCACUAAAACCAGGAAAAGAAUCAUAGACCUUACUGGUAGUAAUGUUACUGGAAUAGGAUACGAUAUACCAAAUGAAAUGGACAUGGGUAGUAAUGUUACCAGAUCAGGAUAUGAUAUGAAAGACAAGGACACAUACUUUAGAGUGAUUCUGCAAAAUUUUAACAUUAUCUUAGACAAGAACGACAUAUUGUGUGACUGCAGAAUAAUUCCUUUUUCGAAAUGGAUAAAAUCUCAAGUUCAGAUGGGUGCAUUUAGUGGAGAGGAAUAUUUCUUUUCUGACUGGAAAUGUAAACGACCAAUCGGGUUAAACGAGAGACCUUUGCUUAGUGUGACAGAAGAGGAAACAUACUGCGAGGUCGAUGUAGAAUUCUGUCCAUCCGAAUGCAAAUGUUUCCGGUGGUCUGUUAGUGAUAUUAUAAUAGUUGACUGUCGAAAUAAAAGUCUAACAAAUUUCCCAGAAAAACUACCUGCAGGAACCUUAGAUUUAUGGUUUCAAAAUAAUAACAUUUCACAUAUUAAAACAAUGAAUUAUUUUGCUCGCGCUAGAGAUGUCAUUUUAAGUCAUAAUUCUAUAAGCGAUGUAAGUGAUGACAUUAUCAAUAAUUUGGGAGACGCUGUAAGGAAACUUUAUUUAGAUUCUAAUUAUUUGAUACAUUUGCCAAAGUUGAUACAACGACUAUCAGGAGUUCAAUUUCACAUAAAAGAUAAUCCUUUUGUAUGUGAUUGUAACACACUGUGGAUGAAAUCGUGGAUCUUAAAACAUCAUCAUAUGGUGUCCGAUUGGAUGGAUGUCGCAUGUGCUUAUGGUAAUGAAGGAGGACAUCAGUUGAUAUCCGUGGAGGAUGACAAGUUCAUAUGUCUUGAAGCCUUUGAUACUAUAAAGCAUGUAAUUGCCCCGAGUGUUUCGUCAUCGCUGUGUGUUCUUCUGUUUAUAGUUAUGUUAGCAUGUGGUUUCGUCUUCAGAUUAGAACUGAAAGUUUUAAUUUUCAUAUACUUCGGUCUUCAUCCCUUUGACAAAGAUGAAAAAGAUGAAGAUGAAGAUAUAGAUUGUAUUAUUAUACAUUCUAAACCGUUAACGGACUGGGUAAUGGAACAUGUGGUUGCUCCGUUAGAAUCAGAAGACAAAGCUUACAUGGUUUGUGAAAUAUCACGUGAUUUUGUAGUCGGUUUUUCAUACCAAGAAAAUAUCUGUAGCAUUGUAAGGCGAAGUAAAAGAAUGAUUUUAGUGCUAUCGGAAGACUUCUUGGUCGAUUCUGAUAUUGUCAAAAUAGCAUGGAAUGAAGCACAGGAUAAGAUAAAAGAUAUGCGAACAAAUUAUGCUAUUAUAGUUUGUCAUGAAAUAUCGAUGAAAUCAAUAGAUAACAAAGACCUUAAAAGAUAUAUAAAAAGGGGAAGAUAUAUAAAUACAAGCGACAAAUUAUUUUUUGAAAAAAUUCUUUAUCUAAUGCCCCAGUACACUAACAUUAUUCAAAGAAGGUUUCCAAAUCUAAGAAAAAUUGUUCUUGAAACUUACGAGAAUGAAGAUGGUUUAGAUACUGAAGAAGUGCAUGCUUUUUUGUCUUAUUCAGACAGAGAUAUUAAUAUUGCAGUAAAGACGCUUACACCUAUUUUACAGGAACAAAGAUAUAUUCUUCAUAUUCCUGAUCGAGAUUUUAUUCCUGGUGCUUCUAAAGAAGAGAAUAUUUUAAACGCUAUCGAUAUAUGUAGACAUACAAUUUUCCUUUUAUCAGGACCUUAUUUAGAAGAUGAAUGGUCAUUAUUUACGUUUCGAACUGCGUCCGAAAAGUCGAUCAGACAGAAAUGUAAUCACAUGAUCGUAAUAAUAAUUGAUGUCCAAGAAGAUGUAUAUAUGGACGAAGAAGUUAAGUAUUAUAUAAAAACACAUGUGACGCUUCAUGUUACUGAUCCCUGGUUUUGGGAGAAAUUGACAAAAGCAUUGCCAAGCAAUCAGGACAAUAAAGUUCAGCUAGAAAAUUUAAAUAACCGAAUAAAUGAUCAAAUUUACCGACAAAACUCGGUCGAUGAUAGACCUUUAGAAGAAAAUGGAAGAAAUAUAUACCGACAAAACUCUUUAGAUAAUAGACAAUUGGAAGAGAAUGGAAGAAAUAUAAACCGACAAAACUCUUUAGAUAAUAGACAAUUGGAAGAGAAUGGAAGAAAUAUAAACCGACAAAACUCUUUAGAUAAUAGACAAUUGGAAGAGAAUGGAAGAAAUAUAAACCGACAAAACUCUUUAGAUAAUAGACAAUUGGAAGAGAAUGGAAGAAAUAUAAACCGACAAAACUCUUUAGAUAAUAGACAAUUGGAAGAGAAUGGAAGAAAUAUAAACCGACAAAACUCUUUAGAUAAUAGACAAUUGGAAGAGAAUGGAAGAAAUAUAAACCGACAAAACUCUUUAGAUAAUAGACAAUUGGAAGAGAAUGGAAGAAAUAUAAUCCGACAAAACUCUUUAGAUAAUAGACAAUUGGAAGAGAAUGGAAUAAAUAUAAUCCGACAAAACUCUUUAGAUAAUAGACAAUUGGAAGAAAAUGGAAGAAAUAUAAUCCGACAAAACUCUUUUGAUAAUAGACAAUUGGAAGAAAAUGGAAGAAAUAUAAUAAUGAAUUGUCUCCCUAUUCAAAAUAUAAAUGAAAUCCAAGAAAAUAACAAUGAAAACAAACAAGAGGAUGGCGCCUUAGAAACAAGGUGUUAGUCAUAAACAUGUCACGUUCAUAUGAACAUUGUAGACACACUUUAUUGUAUAGAAACAUUCGUGAU